CUUUCCAUAACAAAUUUCCAAUAGCCAGGGGUAGUUUAGACAUUUCACAAGCUAACAAAUUAUAUCCAGGUGGUAUAUUAAUCAGAAGACUCAUUCUCCUGAUUUUAACAAAUCAGCCGCAGCAGCAGCAGCAGCAGCAGCGGACGCCACCACUACCACCACCGUCCUCCGUCAUUCGCCGGCGUUACUAUUUCUCCCUCUCCUCCACUCACCACCUGCCACGUGUCCCCUCUCUUUCCGUUGACACAUUUCACUAAACCCUCAACACCUAUAUAUAUAUAUAUGUACGGCGUUACUUACACUAAUUACACUCUCUAAAACACCCCAAAUUGCAACAAACCCUAGGUUUUUUUGCUCGAUUACGGGUUCUUACUACACAAAGCGUGUUUUUGUAGGGUUCUAAUGGAUCAAAGAGACGUUGAGAUGGAGGAUACUGGAAAGGUUACAGAAGAUGAAGUUGUGGGUGGUGAAGAAUGCGUGGAGAAGGAGCAAACAGGUUCAAAAGAAGUUGGAGAUGAACAGGAAGAGUCGGUCGGUUUAGUCAACACAAACCCGAACGAGAUUGAAACAAGUCAAGAAAACCUAAGUAAGGUAGAUGAAGAGGAGACGCACCCUAACGAAACCGAGCCGGAACUGCCUGUGGAUGAGGUUUACGAUAGCAAGAAAGACGCUGCAGAAAUUGUUGAUGAUAAGAAUAAGAUCGAUGAUAGUAAGGAUGAUGCUACAUAUAUGGAUGAUGUUCAUGAUGGUUCUAUGAAGAUGCCGGAGAGUAACAAGGAAGGGGAUCCUACAGGCGAUGAAAAUCAUCAAGAACUUGCUACAUCCAAUGCCGUUGUGGAACAUUCACCUAUUAAAACAGAUGAUCUUUGUGCGGAGACACUGAAGAAUGAGCUAGAAAACGCAAAGAUGGACGAGGGCUAUGAAUCUGGGACUCAAGAGGAUCAAGAAAUAUUCGCGCAAGAGGUGGAUGCCGUCUAUAGGGAAAAAGGCUUGGAAUUUAAGCCACCAAAGUUUUACGGGCAACCGUUAAAUUGUCUCAAGUUAUGGAGGUCUGUUAUCAAAUUGGGUGGAUAUGACCGGGUUACUGGAUCCAAAUUAUGGCGACAAGUAGGAGAAGCUUUCCACCCACCCAAGACAUGCACAACUGUCUCCUGGACAUUUCGCCAGUUCUAUGAAAAGGCACUUCUCGAAUACGAAAGGCACAAAAUCCAGAUUGGUGAGCUUGAAUUCCCCCUUUCGACUGUCUUCCCAGAUGCCCCUAAUGUUGAUAAUGAGGCAAAUGGCCAUCAGACCCCAGGAUCAGGUAGGGCCCGCAGGGAUGCUGCAGCUCGUGCCAUGCAGGGUUGGCAUGCUCAACGCCUUUUAGGUUUCGGUGAGGAAAAGAAUUCCAGCAGUUCACCGAAGCGCGAAAAAAGUCUCAAAAGCAUUGGGUCGAUAAAACAAAAGAGACCAAGUGAAAUGGAGCAUUCCGUGAAAGCUGCACGAACCGAAACAUCUAGGCAAGUUGUCACCACAGUUGCUGACGUUGGUCCUCCUGCUAACUGGGUGAAAAUUAACGUUCGGGAAACUAAAGACUGUUUUGAGGUGUAUGCACUAGUUCCCGGGCUUCUACGAGAAGAGGUACGAGUACAGUCAGAUCCAGCUGGACGCGUUGUCAUCACAGGUCAGCCUGAGCAACUCGACAAUCCAUGGGGUAUUUCAGCUUUCAAAAAGGUGAUCAGCUUACCAUCAAGAAUCGAUCCACUUCGUACAUCAGCAAUUGUGAGCCUACAUGGACGGCUUUUGGUUCGUGUGCCUUUCGAGCAGUCAAACAUCUAAACUUGUUUAAUGGUGUUUUAAGUGUCAUCAGUAAUUAGGACAUUGAAAGUGGUAGCAUCAGGCAAAUAAUUACUGUCUUUAAAACUGGUUUCUGUGUAUGGUUUACAGUAAGUUAGUUGAGGUUUUUAUAAGUUAUGCAUUUUCAGUGGCCUUUUAAAGUUUAAAGGCCUUUUUCAUGGCUUUA